UUGUUGCUGUGCUUUGAGCACUAAAGUCUCCAGGUGUCAGUCGCAGGUAUUUGUACUCUGUGGCUGUCAGGAUGCAGCAAUUAUUAGCACUGAAGGUCCUCGGCACCACUUUGGUGCUCCUCAUGGUGGUUCCUUUGGUGUAUUCCCAGUCAGAUUGUUCUCAGGCUCAGUCAUGUGACAUGUGUGUCGGAGACUCCGUGCUCAACCUGACAGGCUGUGUCUGGAGGCUGUGUCCGGAUGGUAAUGAUACAAGCAUGUGUGUGGCUGACCAGGGUGAUGCAGCAGACAGUGGUAUGGCCUGCAGCUGGACCAAAGUGUCUGAGCUGUGCUCAGUUGUGGAGACUGUUGCCGUGGAAGGACGUGAAAGUGAGUCAGGUGAUGGAGGUAACUCCAAUUCAUCACCUCAGCUCUCUCAGGCGAAAUUCGACAUGUCCAGCUUCAUCGGAGGCAUCAUAUUGGUGCUGUGUGUGCAGGCCGGGGGCUUCUUUGCUAUGCGCUUCCUAAAAUCCAAAGAGCAAAGCAACUAUGACCCCAUAGAGCAGCCACAGUGAAGACGUGACGCCUGAAGGACGAGCAGACCCGGGUGGAGGACAUCACAGCAGUGACUCAUCAAGUUAUGACGACA